AUGCUUGUGGGAAUGGGCUACAAGGCGUAUGAUUGGGAUGGACACGUUGACUGGGAGGAUGACGAGUACGCUCUUCUUUCCUCGCAUGCCGCAUAUACAACACUAUUUACAAACCUGGUACGGUGGUGCCACCACGUCAUCGGAAAGUCCAAGCGUAACUUCUGA